AUGACUCCAUUCCAUGUCAAAGGUCGAGAGGUCAUCGAGUUUGAGAGUUUGACAUGUGACGCUGGUUUGCAGCAUUUGGAUGACCUCUUCGUCAACACUCUUGUUCUCGUGGACAGGUAUCUGCGUUGUCGGCUUGCUGUCACAGUGGCUACAAGUCCAUUCCAUGUCAAAGGUCGAGAGGUCAUCGAGUUUGAGAGUUUGACAUGUGACGCUGGUUUGCAGCAUUUGGAUGACCUCUUCGUCAACACUCUUGUUCUCGUGGACAGGUAUCUGCGUUGUCGGCUUGCUGUCACAGUGGCUACAAGUCCAUUCCAUGUCAAAGGUCGAGAGGUCAUCGAGUUUGAGAGUUUGACAUGUGACGCUGGUUUGCAGCAUUUGGAUGACCUCUUCGUCAACACUCUUGUUCUCGUGGACAGGUAUCUGCGUUGUCGGCUUGCUGUCACAGUGGCUACAAGUCCAUUCCAUGUCAAAGGUCGAGAGGUCAUCGAGUUUGAGAGUUUGACAUGUGACGCUGGUUUGCAGCAUUUGGAUGACCUCUUCGUCAACACUCUUGUUCUCGUGGACAGGUAUCUGCGUUGUCGGCUUGCUGUCACAGUGGCUACAAGUCCAUUCCAUGUCAAAGGUCGAGAGGUCAUCGAGUUUGAGAGUUUGACAUGUGACGCUGGUUUGCAGCAUUUGGAUGACCUCUUCGUCAACACUCUUGUUCUCGUGGACAGGUAUCUGCGUUGUCGGCUUGCUGUCACAGUGGCUACAAGUCCAUUCCAUGUCAAAGGUCGAGAGGUCAUCGAGUUUGAGAGUUUGACAUGUGACGCUGGUUUGCAGCAUUUGGAUGACCUCUUCGUCAACACUCUUGUUCUCGUGGACAGGUAUCUGCGUUGUCGGCUUGCUGUCACAGUGGCUACAAGUCCAUUCCAUGUCAAAGGUCGAGAGGUCAUCGAGUUUGAGAGUUUGACAUGUGACGCUGGUUUGCAGCAUUUGGAUGACCUCUUCGUCAACACUCUUGUUCUCGUGGACAGGUAUCUGCGUUGUCGGCUUGCUGUCACAGUGGCUACAAGUCCAUUCCAUGUCAAAGGUCGAGAGGUCAUCGAGUUUGAGAGUUUGACAUGUGACGCUGGUUUGCAGCAUUUGGAUGACCUCUUCGUCAACACUCUUGUUCUCGUGGACAGGUAUCUGCGUUGUCGGCUUGCUGUCACAGUGGCUACAAGUCCAUUCCAUGUCAAAGGUCGAGAGGUCAUCGAGUUUGAGAGUUUGACAUGUGACGCUGGUUUGCAGCAUUUGGAUGACCUCUUCGUCAACACUCUUGUUCUCGUGGACAGGUAUCUGCGUUGUCGGCUUGCUGUCACAGUGGCUACAAGUCCAUUCCAUGUCAAAGGUCGAGAGGUCAUCGAGUUUGAGAGUUUGACAUGUGACGCUGGUUUGCAGCAUUUGGAUGACCUCUUCGUCAACACUCUUGUUCUCGUGGACAGGUAUCUGCGUUGUCGGCUUGCUGUCACAGUGGCUACAAGUCCAUUCCAUGUCAAAGGUCGAGAGGUCAUCGAGUUUGAGAGUUUGACAUGUGACGCUGGUUUGCAGCAUUUGGAUGACCUCUUCGUCAACACUCUUGUUCUCGUGGACAGGUAUCUGCGUUGUCGGCUUGCUGUCACAGUGACUACAAGGAUAACAAGGACAUAA